AGCGAGAAUGUACGAGAUUAGGCGAACUUUGACCUUAGCAGACGACACAGAAACCCGAGGGAAGAACAUUUUCCGGAGAGGACGAAGCCUUAGAGACUCGGUAGCUAAAAUAGGUUUGGACACCAGACUAACAUCUGAAAUAACUGGAACCCAUCCGUUUGUUGAUUAUAACGACGACGUUCAUGCAACGUUAUUAGAAGGGGUUUACAGAAUAAAGAUGACCACAGAAAAGAGUCCAGGUGACCUAAAGCCAACAGCAAACACAGACCUGAAGUCACCCUCAGCCAGUUCAAAGCCGCCCUCAGCCGGUUCCAGAACGCCAGGACUCAGCCAUGUCCAGACAACCACCUUGUUCCGUGUGGUCAACCCAGAACUCUUCAUGCGCCCGAACAAAAUAGUGAUGGCCUUUGGUCUUGUGACAAUCACAGGAUGCAUUGCCUACAUUGCCUACCUGAAUGCCAGCCAGGAGAACCAGAGAGACCAGCUGUAUGUGAAUGUCAGUUCAGACGGCACAGAAACUGUACAGAGGAGACGGUCCAAAUGGGACUGAAGGAUUUCUCUGUAGUUAUUUACACCUGCCUAAGUCCAGGUACAAGUAUAUAUAUACCGUUGGAUGAAAGUGCUAACUUUAUUUAUGUUACCAACAUGAUUUCUAAGUUCGAAAGAUCAUGAUGUAUGAGGAAAAUUAGCAGGAACGCAUUAGCACUUGGGUCAGGACUUGUCGACUGAGUAAACUGUGGCAGAAAUAUCAUGUUUGGUUAGUAACUUGUUAUGAUGUUUACCGGUAACAGCAAAAAGCCUGGCAGUUUUUUGUUCAAUACUAAUACACAAUAUCUCAGAUUUUAUAAGGAAUAAUAAAGAGAGUAUCCCAUUUAU